AUGACAGGAGAAAUAUUAACCAUUCAAGUUGGUCAAUGUGGGAACCAUGUGGGGAAGCAGUUUUGGGACCAACUUACAAAGGAACAUGGUAUCGGAAAGGAUGGCCAAAUUUUAGAAAGCUCAAAUGGAAACUCUACAGAUCGAAUAUUUAGGGAAGAUGAUACGAACCCGUUCUUCAAACAAUAUCAGGAAAAUAAAUAUACCCCAAGGGCAAUAAUGAUUGAUUUAGAACCUAGUGUAAUAAAUGACAAUAUUAACUAUUUCCCAGAUUUUUUUGAUCCAAGAGGAACAUGGGUAUCUAAGGACAGAUAUGGUGCAGGAAAUUCAUGGGCCAACGGUUACGAUGAAGGACAGAAAAAUCAAGAUAUAUUCUUAAACAUGAUUGAUAAACAACUGGAUUCAACUGAAAAUUUUGAAGGGUUUCAAUUACUCCAUUCCGUAGCAGGUGGUACAGGUUCAGGAUUGGGUUCAAAUCUUCUCGAAGCCCUUGCAGAUAGAUACCAAAAAAAACUCUUAACAACAUAUUCGGUGUUCCCAAGUGAUCAAUCAGAAGUCGUUGUACAACCAUAUAACACCAUCUUAACUUUGCGUCGGUUAGCAGAAGAUAGUGAUGCAUCAGUAGUGUUUGAUAAUAAUGCUUUAAGUAACCUUUCUGGAAGGGUAUUUCAAAAGAAUCAAACUGAUUAUAACCAAACAAACCAACUAAUAGCGUCUGUGCUUUCAUCCACCACAAAUUCUGUUCGUUUCCCAAGUUACCUAUAUUCAUCUCUCCAGAGUAUUUUUUCAACUUUGAUACCAUCACCAGAAUUACAUUUUUUAACUCCUGCAUUUACUCCGUUUACCUCUGAUUAUAUCACAGGUGGGAUGGAUUACAAGAGAAACACAGCCUAUGAUAUAUUAUUGGAUUUGAUUGAUGAACCUAAUUCAUUAGUUUCUAAGCAUUCUAAGAAGCCUAUCUACCUUAAUGUAUUCUGCACAAUCAUCGGUGAUAUUGAAAGAAAUGACAUAUCAAGGGGUAUCAACAAGAUUCAACAAAGGUUACAGUUUGCGGCUUGGUCACCUACAAUUAUUCAUGUAAAUAAUGGUAGAAGAUCGAAUUACCUAAAAAAUUUACACGGAAACCAAAGUCAGGUUAAUGGUAUGAUGUUAGCUAACAGUUCUGGUAUUGUGCCAUUAUUUGAAAAAGUUUGUGGCUCUUUCGACAAAAUUUAUUCCAAGAAGGCCUUUUUGAAUGCUUUUCAACAGUCUGAAAACUUCGAUGCUGAUGACUUCAUAGAAUCAAGAGAGGUGGCAAGAAGUCUAAUAGAAGAGUACACUGCCGCAGAGGAGAAGAGUUACUUAGAUGAGGUGUUACUAGAAGAUGAAAAUGUAAUUGGUGAAUUCAAUGAGAACAAUAAUGAAGUGGAUGCCGAGGGUGAUAACAUCAUGUAG